AUGUCAUCCUCGCCGAGCUCUUCAAGCGCCACUCCGGGAAAUUUAGAGUCCGCCGCUCUCUCGGAAAAAGUGUUUGAUCCUAAUCUCGUUGAUUGGGAUAGCGACGAUGACCCUGAGAACCCCCGUAAUUGGCCAACACGGACCAAAUGGGCAAAUAUUGUGAUCAUAUCGAUAUUGGCAUUGAUCACGAACAUGGCUCCUACAAUGUGUGCGCCCGGAGUGGCAGAGAUUGCUGCCGACCUCCACAUCACAUCGACAGUGGUUAGCACGCUGGCCAUUACACUUUAUGUCCUGGGAAUCUCCAUAGGUCCGAUGUUCACGUCUCCACUAAGUGAGAUCUACGGAAGGGUACCGGUCUAUCAUGGAACAACGUUCAUCUUUGUUAUAUUUAUCAUUGGUGGAGCCUUGAGCAAGACCACUGCCCAAUACAUGGUCUUCCGUUUCAUAUCAGGAUGUGCGGGUGGCAGCCCUAUGGCGCUGGGCGGAGGCAGCAUUGCAGAUCUCACCACAAUUCAGCAAAGAGCUAUAGCGAUGGCUUUGUUUAGUCUCGGGCCACUUGCAGGACCGGUCCUUGGUCCCGUUAUUGGUGGAUUUGUUGCAGCUGACAAAGGCUGGCGUUGGACCUUCUGGCUUCUAGCCAUUCUCGGAGGAGCAUUCGGCAUUGCAUCCGUCGUGCUGAUGUGUGAGACACAUCCCAAAGUUCUUCUCAACCGAAAGGCCGCUCGCAUGCGCGCCACGACCGGCAACCCGGAUUUACGCUCCAAGCUGGACAGCACUCUAUCCCCUCGUCAAGUUGUGUUGCAAGUUCUCGUCCGCCCUCUCAUGCUCCUUGUGCGAUCGCCAAUCUUAUUCGUAAUUUCCCUCUAUGUGGCGUUGGUCUUUGGCGUCAUGUACCUGCUAUUCACCACGUUCACUCGUAUUUUCGAGGGGCAGUAUGGCUUUUCCACAGCUAGCUCUGGGCUUACCUACUUGGGGCUUGGUGUGGCGCUACUGUUCAGCAUGUUCAUCUUCAACAUGUUCAAUGCUCGGGUUUUGGCGGCCCGCAUGAAGGCUGAUGGCGUGCAGCAAUCACGCCCCGAGUACCGCCUCCUCUUCAUGAUUUGGUUCAGUCCUUUUGUGGCAUUUGGUCUUUUCCUUUAUGGUUGGGCCGCAUACUACCAGAUUCACUGGAUCGUACCUAUCAUAGGGACCUUCUUAAUGGGAUUCGGGGCUUAUUUUGUGAUCAUGCCCGCGCAACUGUACUUGGUUGAUGUGUUUGGCUCGGAGGCCGCCGCAUCAGCACUUGGUGCCAACAAUCUACUGCGUUACAUUUCAAGUACUUUCCUUCCCCUCGCUGGGCCAAGUAUGUAUAAGACCUUGAAUUAUGGGUGGGGGAACUCAUUACUCGGCUUCCUUACAUUGGCCUUCCUUCCAAGCCCCAUCCUCUUUUACAAGUAUGGAGAGCGACUACGCGCCAAGACUAAGGUGGCGCUCUAG